AUGCCAAUUUAUAAUGAAGUUUGGGAGGAGGAAGGUAAAGUCAAAUCUAUUCUUUAGAUUUCAUGUUCAGAAAUAUGAUUAAUCUCUAAACUUUGACCAAGAAUCAUGUUAAACUAUUGGAUAAUUUGAAAUUUGAGUUUGUUGAAUACAAAGUAAUCUCUAAAAUAAAAAAUUAAAGGCUAAUCAAUUAUUGGCUUGUCAUUUAUAUGACAGAAUGGCCCAACAUUGCAAAAAUUAAUUUGGUCUUUUCGAAGAUUCAUAUGUACCAGAAUGUCUAGAUGCGAGAAAUUACUUUUAAUUGUGUGUAAGAAUGAAUGCAUCUUAUGGAUUGGCUAAAAAGUAUUUCCCAGAGUAUAUAUUAUAUAUAUUUAAAUAAUAGAUACUUCUUAACUAAUGAAUAUUCUAGACCAAACCCUAAUUUUAAGGAAUUAGGACUCUGAA